CAACCGGCGCAAUCUCGCUUCAUUUGCUAGGAGGUCGCCAAAGCUCCUCUCUGGCAAAUACCCUAACUAAACCGAGCCAAUGGAGGAAGAACCAAACAGCCCAAUGCCACUUGAAAAGGUUGGCAGUAUAUAUGAAGACAUCGAUUUUGAUGAUGACAUUACCGAGCAGCUCAUGAGGCUCAGGAAGACUCCUUCUCCUCCCUCUCUUGAUGAUCUGCCAGAGCCAAAUGAAGAAACGGAUGAAGUUCCUUCAAUAGUUGUUGACAACUCCUUCGGGUCUGAGGAGCUCCCACUAAAUCCCAAUCUUUGCUCUGCACUCUGCAAAAAGCCGUGCUGCCAGAAGAAAUGCCUCCCAAAGUCACUCGCAAAGCUCGAGAAAGAUUACCCUGCAAACCUCUAUCAAGACUACUUGCAGCAUAUCCCCGAUGACACUGAUUGCAUGGAUUACUUGGAUGUCCCCUACAGGAGGAGGGGUAUCCUUGCUCCUGCAGAUGAGUACUCCGUCCCAAGCGAUGACAGCGAUGCUGAGUUUGAUGGCGAUGAUUACGAGACCAUUUACCUCACUCCAAUAUCAGAGGAAGACGAGUUGCCUUAUUGCUAUAAGAGGAAGGGUAGGAGGAUUGAUACUUUUACUCUUGUGCCACGCGAGUUUGAGAUUCCUAUAAUCACUGUUGUCGAUUAUGAUGCUCUUCCCAGCGAUGAUGAUGAUGAUGGAGAUGAGGUGCCUUAUCUACCAGGACUUGAUAUUUAUUCGCUGUUCAAUGGUCUCAUCGGGAAUAAUAAGAAUGAUGGCAUACAUAAUGUCAGCGAGGCAUCCUCAGCCGACGAAUAUGAGGAAGAGAACGAUGCCACAGAUAAAGAUGACAAUUACAACAGCGAGGAGGACAACAACAUUGAGGAGUACAACAUCAGCGAGGAGGACAACUACAUUGAGGAGUAUAUAUACAACAUCAGCGAGGGGGACAACUACAUUGAGGGGUAUAUAUACAACAUCAGCGGGGGGGACAACUACAUUGAGGGGUAUAUAUACAACAUCAGUGAGGAGGACAACAACAACGAGGAGGACAACAACAACGAGGAGGACAACAACAGCGAGGAGGACAACAACAAUGAGGAAGACAACAACAGCGAGGAGGACAACAACAGCGAGGAGGACAACAACAGCGAGGAGGACAACAACAGCGAGGAGGACAACAACAACGAGGAGGACAACAACAGCGAGGAGGACAACAACAACGAGGAAGACAACAACAGCGAGGAGGACAACAACAGCGAGGAGGACAACAACAACGAGGAGGACAACAACAGCGAGGAGGACAACAACAACGAGGAAGACAACAACAGCGAGGAGGACAACAACAGCGAGGAGGACAACAACAACGAGGAGGACAACAAUGGCAACAUCAUUAGGGAGGACAACAACAACAAUGAGGAGGACAACAACAAAAAAAGGGACAACAACAUCAAGGAAGACAACAACGACAAAGAGGAUAGCAGCAACAAGGAGGGCAACAACAACAAGGAGGACAACAAUUGCAACAACAACGAGGAGGACAUCGAGGAUGUUGAGGAUCUCGAAACCAUUGUCUUAGGUUCAUCCGGUUGUCAUCUUCAGCAGGCGCCCACUAAUCCACCACCAGUCCAGACUCCUGAGGUUAUCAUGAGUUACCUUAAGGUGCCUCCUCGUCUAAACAUAGGACGUCGUCUUAAUGCAGUUCACCCUGCACCUGUUGAAAAGCCAGCCCCUCAAAAGGAGCAGUCAGGUCAGCCAGAUCCUUCUCCAAUACCAUUGCCUCCUAUACCAUUGCUUCCUAUACCAUCGCAAAAUCCUUCUCCUAUACCAUUGACAGACCCUUCUCCUAUGCCAUUGCCAGAUCCAUCCCAGCAAUCGUCUCAGGGAAGGCAGGUCACCAUCCAAAUCCCUGACAUGGAUCCUGAGGAAGAGAAAGAGGACACUCGCCUACUUGCACACUUUAGGGCCCUUAUUGCUCGUGAUCAUUACGUUACCUUUACCGUGGUCCUCACGGUUUUCUGUGCCAUAUUCGGGACAGUCAUUACCCUCUUAUGCACCACCCCAGCUCUUAUCUGUGCCCUGAGAGCUCUCUAUGCCAGCAAGACCGGACAAGUCGAAGAUGCUGAGAGGUUUGACAAGUACACCAUCAAUUGCAUCGUCGGUUCCAUCAUCACAGUCUUCAUGGCCCUCUUUGUCAUCAUCUGCGCUCUCGCAAUGACAUAGAGGAUGAAGGAUUGAAGCCUGUUCUUUGCCUAGUAAUGUACUCACUGGCUGAGACAUUACACGAACAUUAACGUAGUUUAGUUUUAGGCCUUUUUUUUGCUUUUUUUCACUAUCUCAAUUUCCCCUGAUUUAUUUAUUAGUUUUUUUAUGUGCUCUUUAGGAGCGCAUGCUAACUCUUUAGUUGUCAAGAGUUUAUUUAGGUUCUUUUUUUUUGAAAAAUAAAAUUCAUUUAAAAUCCAA